UAUUAAUAGCAUGGAAUGAGAAUGUUGCCGACCAUAAUCUAAUCCGAAUCGUAUUGUGAACGACUGAAGAAACGCUCACCAUACCGGAAAUGGUGACAAAUCCUGCUGCUUGACUUUGAAUGCUGUUGUAGUGUUGAUAGGGGAGCCAGUUUAAUUAUAUAUUGAAAUCAGAAGAUGAAUAUACCACGAAUAAUAUUCCUCACUAUUCAUUUGUGUCUGGGAGUUUUGUCAGAGUACAUAGUGAAAGAUAUUACAAAGGAAUGUCCCUGCGAUCCAGUUUAUUGCAGGACCCAUAAGUACUACUACAAUCGCGAGGUUGUGGUAGUUGCAGAGGGUAAAUCAGAUCAGUCUGCAUGGCAAUGGCACGAUAUAACCAUGGUGAUUACCACAGAGGAAGUAGGCAAGGAAGAGGCUAAAAAACUAAUGUGUGCUGCUCAUCAAAACCAUGCUAACUUUGCAUUUAUUAGGGAAGUGCCAACUAUUACAAAUACAUCUGAUCCAGUACUUUUAGAGUGGUUGGAAGAGACUGUAAAGAAGGAGAAAGAACUUUAUGCAGAUUAUGUUGCUCUUGAUUUGCUAAAACUGUUAGGACAAUGUAAGGCUGAUAGUUCACAUGUCCAAGAAGUGCUGGCAUUGCUGAAAUUCAUGGUAGAAAAAUUUACUCCACCAAGUGCUGAGUUGGUGUGUAUUGUACCAUACAAGCCUCCCUGUUAUGAUGGUGACUGUAGUUUGACUCAGUAUAUGGCAGAGCAUUGUGCAGCUUUUAUUACUAGUCCAGAAAGCUUCAUAACGUGUGACACAAACCCAAAGUGUAUUGCAAAAGCCACUAUGCCAAUGACAAGUUUAGUGUUUGGUGUGGAGGAAUUCAUUGAUCAUGGAAUUACCCCCGACAAGCUGCUUAUAGGAAUUCCUUGGCAUGGUUAUGAUUACACCUGUGUUAAUUACACCACUGAUGUGAAGACUGGAGGAAAAUACCAGAUGACCUGCUUCUUUGACGAGAGGAAUAACACUGAAUCCUGUAACACAUCACUGAGGAAAAGAAUGAGCUUAGCAGAAAUCAAGAACUCCUACCCAGAUCAGUACAAGAAUGCCAAGUCCCAUCACUACCACCCUAUUUACAGAUCAGACUACAUCAAUGUGAAAAAAGGAGAGCAACAACACCAGAUUUGGUAUGAAGACCAUGAUAGUUUGCUUGAUAAAUACAUGUAUGUCAGAAGCAUGAAUCUCAGAGGGAUGGUGAUUUGGACAGCAGAUGACUUGUCCACAAAAAGCACUGAUGAUGCUGCCGAAUGGAACUGGAUUCUACACAACCUUUUCAGUACAGGAGAUAUCGAGCAUCACUCCUUGGACAUGGCGGGCACGAUAGCGGGCAUUUCUGUGGGCUGUUUUGUACUGGGCACUCUACUGGGCUUUGCAUUCGGUUGUGCUGUCAUGAGGAGAAGAAUGCAGAGGAAAGGGCUGCGGCUCCCAUUCCAUAGAGAUGAGGAGGAAACAGACUUUCAUGAUGAUGACAAUACUCUAUAAAAUCAUAUUCUCAUUUGUUUCAAUUCAAAAUACAGGUAUGGUAAUAUCAAAGCCCUUGCACCAGGUAUUUCAUUAUGCUGGAGUUACUGGUACUAGAUCAUUGAUGGUGAUAUUCAGUGUUGAACCCUGUUUUACUCGUAUUAUCAUAGAGAGGUUGACAGGAAUCUACAUUUGUACCAAAAUUAUGCAACAUAGAUAAUAGUCUGGAAAGAAAUAUACAUGUAUGUUGCUCUAAUUCCAAAAUCCUGUGCAAAAGAUUAUAGAUGUGGCAUUAUGUAGAUGCAACCAUGUGCUUGAACAUGCAUUUACACAGUAUGUGUUUCAUCCCACCACUUUUCUUCAAACUAGUUGUAAUUACUGGUAUUUGGAAUUGUCUGUUUAAUGAUAUAUAUGUGUAUUCAUGUAAAUCAUCAUACAGUGUUACUUGUAUUGAUAUUCAUGUACAUUCCAUUUUUUAUACCUGUUAUGCAUGACCAUGUAUUUAUUUUUUAACAUGCAAUAAUCAUGUGCAAUUAUUUGUAAUGAUCUGUGUAUUGUAUAUGUGACAUGAUAUCAGUUUAGGAAGUGCCAUUAAGUGUCCGAUGGUUGAUUAUACAUGUACAUGUACCUGCAAUACUCCAUUGUUAUCUAUUGUAUGUACCGGUACAUGACAUGUAUAUGAAAGUAAAAAUGAAGAUCUUUUGGCAGUAACCGUUACCGGCAGUUACCGGUACGUUUAAACUAAAAAUAAGUACCGGUAUUAACAGCAAUUUUUAAAAAAAUUUAACCAAGAUAGGUUAACAAAUAAAAUGUGUUAAUUUUUUUGUGAUUUUAUAUCAGAGUUAACUUUUUGAAUACAUUUAUAUACCGGUAAUUGAUAUCAGCUGACACCAAGGUUGUGUUUAGCAGAGCAGGUGCUCUCAAACACUUGCCAAAAUUUGUGUCACAGAUAAAGGAAAUUUUGGCAAGCACUUAUGAGCGACCUCUGUGCUGAACACAUCUCAGUAGUGAAUAUGUAAUUACAUGUACCAGUAAGUUAGAUUUCUCCGUUAUAAUGGUAAUGCCUUAAUUUUCAAGUUUUAACUAACUGCUUGUGAGAAGGUUUUUAAAUGAGCAACUAACAUAUCAUAUUUUAUCUUUUUAUAAAUGAUUUUUUUUUAUGAACUGUAGUUUUGAAUGCUGUGAUAUGUUGAUAU